GGCCAAACCCCCGUGAAAAGAGCCUUAAUCUCCGGCACUGAUUGGACAGCAAAAUGAAUAAUCAACAGAGAUAGAGGAGGAGGAGCUUCCACGAAGCUUUGUUCACUGAUACUGAAAAGCGUGUAUUUAAUCACAACACAGUGAACAUCCAUAGUUCUAGUUUUGGUUUUUUGCAGCAUGGGAAAACGUGGUGAGGAAGAAGAGGGUGUUGGUUUCAGCUACGAUGUGUUCAUUAUUAGAGGUGAAGAUACUGGGAACAAUUUUGUAGGACAUCUCCGUAAAGAGUUGGGUAGGAAGGGAAUAAACACAUUCAGUGAUGAGAGUGAUAUGAGGACGGAGGAAGGUCUUUCACCUGCUGUGUGUGAGGCCAUUGAAGAAUCUAAUAUUUUCAUAGUUGUGUUUUCUGAGAACUAUGCAUCUUCCAAAUGGUGUCUGGAGGAACUUGUUAAGAUUAUCGAACGCACCCACACGAUCAGUAAGCAAGUUGUUUACCCAGUGUUCUACCAUGUAGAUCCCUCAGAUAUACGUAAAUUGAGAAAUAGUUUCGGAAAACACAUGAGGGCACACGAAAAUGAGAUUGAAAAUGAGAUUGGAAAAGAGUCUGGAAAAGAGUCGCUGAGAAUGCAGGCUUGGAGGUCUGCUUUGUCUGAAGCAGUUAAUUUGCCGGGGAUGCAUGUUACCACCGGGUAUGAAAACAAUUUUAUUGAAAAAAUUGUUAAGAAGGUUCGUAAAAGUAUAGCUCCUAAGCCUUUAUCUACCGGUGAAAAUUUUGUUGGACUGGAGCCCCACAUAGAAGAGGUUAUGUCACUUCUGGACAUGAAUAAUGACAAAGCUGUAACGAUGUUGGGCAUAUAUGGACUUGGUGGAAUUUGAAAAACGGAACUUGCCAAAGCUUUGUAUGACAAAGUUGUGCAAAACUUUGAUGCCGCAAGUUUUCUUGCCGGUGUUAGAGAAAAAUCAAACACAAUCAAUGGCAUGGAAGAACUGCAAAAGACACUUUUAUCUGAGAUGUUAGAGGAGUCGGAAACUAAGUUGGGAAGUACCAAUAAAGGAAUAUAUGAAAUAAAACGAAAGCUUUUCCGAAAGAAAGUUCUUUUGGUUCUUGACGACGUUGACGAUAAAGAGGAGUUAGAAAAUUUGGCAGGAGGGUGUGAUUGGUUUGGUGCAGGUAGUAGGAUUAUUAUAACGACAAGGGAAAAAGAUGUCCUGAUUGCUCACCAUGUUGGAAAUAUUUAUGAAAUGAAGGAACUUGAUGAACAACAUUCUUUGGAGCUCUUUUGUUGGAAUGCCUUCGGACAAGGUUGUCCUAAAACAGGUUUUCAAGAUGUGUCUAUGCGUGCUGUAGAUUACGCCAAAGGUCUUGCACUGGCUUUAAAAGUGAUAGGCUCUGACUUAGCUACUCUUCAUGAAGAAAGUUUAGAUGCCUGGGAAGAUGCAUUGGAAGAAUAUGAGAAGACUCCUCCGAAUAAAAAGAUUCAAGAUGUGCUUAAAAUAAGCUACGAUAGAUUGGAUGAUGAUGUCAAACAAGUUUUCUUGGACAUAGCUUGCUUCUUUAAAGGGGAGAGAAUGAAAUAUGUGAAAAAGAUACUUAAGGAAUUUUGUUCAACAUCCAACAUGAAAGUACUUGUCAAUAAAUCACUCAUAACUGUCAAGAAUGACAGACUGAAGAUGCAUGAUCUAAUACAAGAUAUGGGUAGACAGAUUGUUAGACAGGAAGCACCAGAUAAUCCUGGAGAACGUAGCAGAAUAUGGGAUUAUGAAGAUGUCAUUGAAAUACUAACAGAAGAUUUAGGAAGUGAUAAGAUUCAAGGGAUUAAGCUAGAUCCUCCUAAGCAAGCAGAAGUAAUAUGGAGUCGCACUGAGUUUGGGAAAAUGAAAUGGCUCAGAAUUCUCAUUGUUCGAAACACAUCAUUUUCAUCUGAACUUCAACAUUUACCAAAUCAUUUAAGACUACUUGAUUGGGAUAACUAUCCUUCAAAGUCUUUCCCCCAAAAAUUCCAUCCAAAGAAAAUCGUUGUUUUCAAUUUGCCUAGAAGUUGUCUAACAUUCAAAGAGCCAUUCAAGGUACAAUUCUAUAACAUAUUUUCCUACUUUUUCCGUUUCAAUUUUUUCAUUCACGUUAAUAAGGUAAUAAUUCAACAUGCUGCAAAUGAUUGUUUUUUUUAUUAUUGACAUUUUUGUAUUUGGUAGAAAUUUUCAUGCUUGAGUAAUAUGGACUUUUCAUAUAACCAACGUAUCAUUGAAAUACCUGAUGUGUCCGAACUUCAGAAUCUAAGAGAACUGAGACUUGAUCAUUGUAGAAACCUAAUUGCAGUCCAUCAAUCUGUUGGAUUUCUAAAAUGGCUUUCUCAUUUAAGUGUUUCAGAAUGCACAAAACUUCAAAAUUUCCUGUCCAGAAUGUUUCUACCAUCUUUAGAAGUCUUUGAUCUUAAUCUAUGUGAAAGAAUUAGUCACUUCCCAGAGAUAAUGCAAGAAACGACAAAGCCAUUGAAGAUUUAUAUGAUAAAUACGGGUAUUCAUGAGCUUCCAGAAUCCAUUGGUAAACUUAUUGGGCUUGUUUUUAUAGACAUAUCCAAUAACAGACAACUUAAAUAUCUGCCAAGCAACUUAUUCAUGUUGCCAAAUGUUGAUUCCUUCAAAAUCAAAGCAUGUUCGAAACUUGGAGAAUCCUUCAGAAGUUUGGUGCCACACCCUUCAAAAGUCAAUGUUCGUUCGAAAUUACGAUCACUGAAUUUCCAAAAGGGUAACUUGUCUGAUGAAGAUCUUCUUGCGAUUAUUUGCUACUUUCCGAAAUUAGAAGAAUUGAUUGUUUCAGAGAACAAUUUUGUAUCUAUCCCUUCAUGCAUCAAUGAAUGUGGUGACUUGACAAGUCUCGAUUUAAAUGGAUGUAAGAAGCUUAAAAAAAUUCCAGAAUUCACUGGCUUGAGAAUUCUUGAUGUUCAUCAUUGUUUCUACCUUGAAGAAAUUUCAGAGUUGCCGUCUAUUGUUCGGAAAGUAGAUGCAAGAUUUUGUCUCAAGUUAACAAAAGAGACCUCACAUAUGCUAUGGUGUGAGGUAUCAUACUUGUUUUAAAAAUGUACUUAGAUAUUUAUUCCUCUUUUACAACUUCCGGUGUCUUUGAUAUGCAUGUAAUAUUAGAUUUUUCUUGGAAUAACUUGUAUAUAGUGAUAGUCAUAUAAGCGGAUAACAUUUAUUAUAAUGCACAUAGAAGUGACAAUCGAAACUGAUACAAUAUUAUGAUAGGUGAAGAAAAGGGUUGGUGGAAUAGAAAUGGUGAUGCCAUUUAUAACUGAGAUUCCAGAAUGGUUUCACUUUGUGGGGGUGGGAAGGAUUCCUAGUUUCUGGAUUCGUGGCAAGUUCCCUAACAUUGUUCUAGCCAUGAUCUUCCACUUCCAAAAUGAGAGUGAAAGGAACAAAUUAGUUCGCCGUCGCCUUGUUGAUCUUCGUUUACUUAUCAACGGUCGAAAUGCUCCUGGCAAAGGGUACCAGGACUUCGAAAUUGAAGCAGAACACAUCUUGAUCUGUGAUCUACGAGUUUUGUUCAGUGAGAAGGAGUGGUUUGGGCUUGAUGCAUUUGUGGAGAAUGAGUGGAAUCUGGUACAGGUUGAGUAUGAAGCCAGUUCGUCGUUGAUGAUAAGUGGUUGGGGAGCGUUUGUGUAUGAUGAAGGAAGCAACAUGAAAGAUGUCGCAUUUACUUGUCCGAAUCCCACGUAUUCAGACAAGAAACCACCGACAAUAACUCCUGAUAAAGAUCCUAUGGAGAAGUAUAAAAAGAGGAUACGGGAGCUACGUCUGGACGAAAUAUUUAAGAAGACGUUGACGGAAUGGCAAGAGAACAAAGAAAGAGGAGGGGACAGGAGUCAUGACGAUUGCAUCCGUAUGGCAUUGGGACAAAUAAAGAAGAUAUCAGAGGAUGCUGAGGAUGCAUUGAAUUCAAAAGGGUCAGCUUUAGAAGAUCCAAACUCCUACCUGAGGUGGCUGCUAGAUACGUUAGAAAAUGAUUAUGGAAAGCCUAAAGAGAUUAUCAAAGGUGAUCUGGCGUUGGUAGUACAAAAGCAUUCAGCGACAGGGAAGAAGAAGGAUAAUGUAGGAGAAGCUUCAUGCUCUAAGCAUCAUGGAAGAAAGGAGGAAGAAGGGUACGAUCCUGUGGUGGAAGCCCCAAGUAUCCCUUUUUAUACUUCAGUAGUCAGAGAACAAAGAGUAAACGAUUCUAUAGAGGGAGAUCUGCCGGAGGACAUAGUGAUGGAAUUAUUCUGUGAAGGAAUGAGGGAUGGACUUGUUGAGGCACAGAAUAAAUUUCCUUCUCUAGAUAUUGCUGAAAGCAGUAAUGCUGUGUUGGAAAAGGGUUAUAAGGUUAGAUGGGCACCUGAAGUAGAAGAGCAAAUAUCGGUUGAAGAUAGGAUAUACACGACUGGAAUUUACUAUGGACUCAAAGAAGCAAAGCUCAGGUUUCCUGAUUUGGAAAUGUGGGCAACAAUAAAUACUGUGGCAAAAAGGAAAGGGAUCGAAGGAAUUUUUGUAUCACCCUCUCAAGAAAACCUGGAGUUUCCACAUUUGGAUUGGAGUACAGUGAAAGUUCCUCCUUCUGACGACCCUCUGAUGCAAAUAUUGAAACAGCAAAGUAAUUUUGAAGGCGAGGUGAUGAGUAAACUGUUCUGGAAGUUGAAGGAAGAACACGAAGCUUUGCGCAACAAAUUUGCAGAACUUGAUGAUGGAAAUGAAAAUGAAUAUGAUGAGUGUGUUGAGAAGAGAGAAGAGAAGCGUGAUGGUGUGGGAAAAUAUGAAGAGAUAAGUGGUGUUUUGAGAGGAAGAGGUGAAGAAAUAGAGAGGCUGUACGAAGCUGGGGUUGAAGGAUUCAAGAGAUCAGAAGAGUUUGAAGAUGUGAUGGGUGCAAUAUACUUGAAUGGACUGACGGCAGGACUGCUUGAAGCACAAGCUCUCUUACUUAAUCUCCUUACUGGACAUAGAAACUGAAGUGGGUCAUCACGUUGUUUUUUUCGAUCUCAAUUGGAUCUUAAACUUAUUAAAAUGAGUCAAUUAAGUUCUUUCCGUUAAUUUUUCAGUAACACCGUUUGCCUUUGAUUACCUGGUGCACAGAUAAUGAACUCAGUUUUAAAUAUUUAGAUACAUGGAUAAUAGUUAUUUGAAAAAAAUGAAAAAAAUAAAUAUACGUGGCAGGGAAUGAGGGAUUUUGCUGUUGAUUAACUUUUCUUUUUUAAGUUAAACAGAAAAACUGAAAUAAGAAUUAGGGAUUUCAUGAGUUAGGGAUUUUGCUGGGGUGAGUGAGUGUGAGAAUUAGGGCUUUGUAAAAUAUUUGCAAAGACGAAGACAAUCACGUUGUGGUGGAGGAACGGAAUUGAAAGUGGAUGUCACUUAAGGUUAAUAUCUUAUGUUUUCCGCUUUUGGCCUUUACGAAUAUGUAGUUAUGUUGCUUUGUUUAUGUUUUGUUGUGGUCCCGAUAGUGGUAUGUUUGUGUGUUUAGGUUAUAGUUGAUUUGGUACUAUUAUUCUGUGAUGGGUCCUAAGAUUGGUAUGGGUUAUGGGUCCCGAGAUUGAUAUGUCACUGUUUGUUGAAAUGUGUAGAGUGUUGUGGUUCCAAAAGUGUCUUUAUGAAUUGUUUAGAAGUUGUGGUGACCUUUUCUGUCUGAGUGUUUCCUUAAUGGGGAUGUUAGUUUGUUCCCCUGUGUCAUUGAUGUCUGACUGUUUGCUGAGUUAGUAAAUAGUGAGAAAUAAUAAUAUUUCCCCCCAAUGUACAGGUGUUAAAAGCUUGUGGUUGAAUUAUAAUAUUGCAUGGCUGAAUAUAUUAAAGUUGUGGUCCAUCAUUGUGGCCAUUUUGUUAGUGAUGAGAAUGGAAAUUUUAAAUUUGAUGGUGAGAUAACAGAAUGGUCUUGUGAUCCAGACCUAUGGUGAUAUUUUGGAAUAUUAGCUUCAGUGAAAGACUUAGGUUAUAUAGACAUAAAAGAACUUUGGUACAGUUUAGGAGGUCAGUCAGUGGUGGCAGAUAGGUUAGAAUUAUUGACUGAUGAUAGGGGUGUUAUGCAUAUGCUGAAUAUAGCAAGGUUAAAUGAUGAAGUUCAUUUGUACGUGGUUCAUAAUACCAUGGAACCAUAGAUAAUAGAAAUGAUUGAUUGGGUUGAUGGUGAUGGGGUUGAUGGUGAUGUUAAUGAUGAAGUUGAUGUUGUAAGAGAGGUGGAGGGUGAGCCUGAUGAUGUUGAUGUUGUAAGAGAAGUGGAGGGUUGAUAAUGCUAAUUCUUACCAUUAUCUAAGCAUGAAUUUAAGAGCAAAAUCAACUCCUUUCUAGCUUGUAACUCGCUAAAUCCUCUCUUUUAUCUUAGUUUCAUGAAUAAAUGUGUUUUAGGCUAUAUUGAUGAGAUUUCAUCUAUAAUCCCUUUAUUUUGUAGUAAUACAAUGAUUGGAAGAACCUCCACGAAAAGUAUAAAGCUGAACUAACCACAGAAGCAAGCAGAUCUGCACAAAAUAGAAGAAAACACAAUGCUGCUGCAGAGACUCACGCCGGGCGCCUUCUGACCUGGGCGGCGUCGGGCGUGAGGUAGCUGACCCAUGGCGCGCCGGGCGCCGGUCUGUCGGGCCGCCGGGCGCGACUUUUUGCUGAUGUGGCAGAAACGCUUUAUUUAACCCUGGAACGCGAAGGGCUCGGGGUCUUUGGUUCUUUGGAGGUCCGAUUCUUCUACUGGAGCUCAUGGAGGGCAUGAGGAGCUGCUGGGUUCCUCUACUUCUCUACCUUUGGGUCUCCUUCUUCUUCCAUCUUCCACUUUGUAAGCUUUAGGGUUCUCCAUGGAAGUGGAGAACCAGAUUCGUUUUGUUAGGGAUUGUUGUAGCCUAUGGAUUCUUGUGUAAUGGAUGAUUGAUUUGAUUAUAUAUAUGCCUUUUCUAUCAAUUGCUAGUAUUCUUGUUUCCAAUCUUAAAGCUUGCAUGUAAUAGGAAUGUUCAUGACUUGAAUUUGGGGUUUCAUGGAUUAUGGGGACGUAAGAUGGAACCUAGAACUGAAACAAGAGUCCUUGUGGUCAUUGAUUCUAGGGAUGGAAGAUGAUUCACAUGUUGUCUUAAGAUCCUAGAUCUUUAAUGCGGGUUUGCUUGUUAGAUUGUCCAAGGAAUUGGAGUUUAAUAGGGAAAACCUAGGCUCUUUCACCUAAGGGAUUGGGGCUAGAGUGUUUUAGUGGAUUGACUUUAGUAAAUUGAUAGAGAGGAGAUGAAAGUGGUUAUACACAAGAGUGCAUUGGUGAAAACUAGCCUUAGCAAUGUCAUUUCAUACCAUUUCUAGUCUUUUCCAUUUCCAAGUGCCUUCAAUACCAAAGUCCAACCUUGUAAUUAUGUAUGAAUUUAUCUUUCUGCACUUGUUCUGUAAAUUGAUGUUAUGUUCUUGACUGAUGAUAGGGGUGUUAUGCAUAUGCUGAAUAUAGCAAGGUUAAAUGAUGAAGUUCAUUUGUACGUGGUUCAUAAUACCAUGGAACCAUAGAUAAUAGAAAUGAUUGAUUGGGUUGAUGGUGAUGGGGUUGAUGGUGAUGUUAAUGAUGAAGUUGAUGUUGUAAGAGAGGUGGAGGGUGAGCCUGAUGAAGUUGAUGUUGUAAGAGAAGUGGAGGGUGAGCGUGAUGAAGUUGAUGUUGCAAGAGAAGUGGAGGGUGAGCCUGAGGGUAAGGUUCAUGGUGAUGUUGAGGGUCACUAUGAGGAUGAGGUUGAGGGUGAGAGUGAGGCUGAUGUUCAACCUGAAGUUGUAACAGAAAUGGAGGAGGGUCACUGUGAGGAUGAGGUUAAGGGUGAGGGUUAGGCUGAUGUUCACCCUGAAGUUGGAACAAAAAUGGAGGAGGGUUACUGUGAGGCUGAGGUUGAGGCUCAAGUUGGAACAAAAUUGGAGGAGGGUGACUGUGAAGUUGCAAAACAAAUUGAACAUGUGGAGGAUGGUGAAGUACAUGAUGUAGAGGAGGUUGAGGUACUAAAUGAUUUUGAGCUGCAAGAUGUAGAAGGGGAUGAGAUUGAGGAUGAUCAUGUGGCUGAUGAUGAGGGUGAGGAUGAGGCUGGAGAUGAUGGUGAGGAUGAGUCUGUGAGUGAACAUGGUGAGGAUGAAGAUGUAGAUGAGUCUGUGAGUGAAGAAAGUCUAGUUGAUGUCACCAUUGAGUGUGACAUUGGUAGUUUGAAACGAAAUGUGAGGGAAGAACAAUCUGGCAGUCCAGUAGGUGAGUCAUCAAGGACAACUGAUAAUGAUUCCAUGCAUGAUGUUCAUGGCUUGUUUGACACUAAGUGGGUGUCAGAUGAGUUGGAUAGUGGUCCAGACAGUGAGGACGAUGAUGAUUCCAUUCGAAGAACUUUGUUUCCCACAUUUAGCAUGCCUAAAAGUUUGACGGAUUAUAAAUGGGAAGGGGGAACCUAUUUCACUGAGAAAAAGGAAUUUACAAAGACCAUUAGGACUUAUGCACUGAGUAAUGGAAGAAAUUUGAAAUUCAUGAAGAAUCACAAAAAGAGGGUUGCUGUAAAAUGUUUGGGGAGCCAGGGUAAAUGCAAAUGGUAUGCUUAUUGUGCCUACAGGUCAGCUGCCAAGUCAUGGCAGCUAAGAAAAGUUAUUAAUGAUCAUAGCUGUAGUAUAGUUUGUAAUGUGAAGUUGAUGACUUCUAAGUGAUUGAGUCAAAGGAUGGCAAAAUCUGUCAGAGAUAACCCUAAUAUGAAGGUGAUGGACAUUAGGGACAAAGUAAGUAGGAAAUGGAAUGUAGAAAUCUUUAGAAAUAUGGCUUUUAGGGCAAGAGCCAUGACAAAAGAUAAUGUUGAGGGGUCAUUCAAGGAACAAUAUAGAAGAAUCUAUGAUUAUGGUCAUGAACUUCUGAGAGCAAAUCCAGGUUCAACAAUCAAAAUAAAGGUUGAAAAUAGUAAUGAAGAGUGUAUAUUCAAUAGAAUUUAUGUAUACUUGAAAGCAUGCAAAGAUAGCUUCGUUAGUUGUAGACCCAUCAUUGGAUUAGAUGAAUGCUUUUUGAAAGGCAAGUAUGGAGGGGAGUUACUAACAAUAGUUGGAAGAGAUGAAAAUGAACAAAUUCUUCCUAUUGCAUAUGUUGUUGUUGAGGUAGAAAACAAAGACUCAUGGACUUGGUUUUUGGAGCUUCUCAUUGCAGACCUUGGUGGGGAAGCUGUUUGUGGAGCAUGUACAUUUAUUUCAGACCAACAAAAGGGACUUUUGCCAGCAAUUCAAGAUCUUCUACCUAGGGUAGACCAAAGAUUUUCUGUUAGACAUUUGUAUUCCAACUUCAGAAAGAAAUUUCCUGGAAAAGAUCUUAAACAUAUGAUGUGGAGGGCAACAACAACCACAUAUCCACAACUAUGGGAGGCUGAAAUGAGGAAAAUUAAAGAGAUAAAUGUAGACGCAUUUCAAUACUUGAUUGCAAUUCCACCUGGGUAUGUAAUCACUUUUCUCCAAACCUUAUUGUGCUUUUACUGUUAUAUUUGCUUUGACAUUUUAUAUUUAUUGACAUUUUAAUCUCCCAAGUUUUGGUCAAGAUCUAGAUUCAGUCCUAGAUCACAAUAUGACACUCUUGUCAACAACAUGUGUGAGGGGUUCAACAGUGUGCUAGUUAGUAAUAGGUGUAAGCCACUUAUCAAUAUGUUAGAAGACAUUAGGGUUUACAUCAUGAAGAGAUGGGCUACAAACAGGACAAAAAUGGGUUUGUAUCAAGGUUUUGUGUGCCCUAAGGUUCUCAACAGAUUCGAAAAGCAGUCAUGGUUAACCAGAUAUUGGUUACCAAGAUGGUCAUCAAAUCAGUUAUUUGAAGUCUUACACAUUUCACAAUUUGGGGAGCAAUUUGUUGUCAAUAUUGAAAACAAGGACUACAAUUGUAGAAAGUGGUUAAUAACUGAAAUUCCUUGCACUCACAAUAACUGCAAUGAAAUUCUUGAAUUUAAAUGACUACAUUGGCCAUUGGUUUAGGAAGUCUACUUAUGAAGAGACCUACAACACCAUCAUUUAUCCUAUUAAUGGUCAACUUCACUGGGACAUAACUUCAUAUCCAGAUGUGUUACCCCAAAGAAGAGGACAAUGUCAGGAAGACCCAAUAAAAAACGAAGACUAGAGCCUUGGGAGUUGAAGAAGAAUGACACUGAAUUAAGAAAGGGUGGGAGCAGAAAAACAUGUGAUGUCUGCAAACAACUUGGACACAACAAAAAAACAUGUCCACAACGACCUACAACACAAUUUGUGCCUCCACCAGAUGUGUCUACUGACCAACCUACUCAACAAACACCACUCACAAUCCCUCCACCAAGAGAUGUGCCUAUUUCUCAGGAGUCAGUUGAAUGUCCUUCUCUAAAUGUUAUUUAAUCUGUACUGAUGAUGGACCAAUGUAUUAUUAGUUUUUUUUGGUGUAAUGUGUAUAUCUCAAGACAUAUUUAGUGAUGAAGACAAUGUAGUAUAACUUUUGUUUUGGUCUAUGUGUACUUCAU